GUCGAAACAGUCGAAAGCACUUUGGGUAGGCCGGUCGCUGCUGUUGUGUGCUGCUUUUCGGCUGCUUAUUUUUAGGAAUGACAACCCACUACGACCACUACGGCCAGCAGUACUACAACUAUCGCUCCGACCACUACCACCACCAUCGCACUCACCAGUGGGCGCCGCUGGUCCCAUUGCCAUUUCACCGACCCAGCAACAGCAGCGAACGUGAACAGUGAACAGAGUUCGUGUGAAGUGCAGAAAGUAGUGCCCCCCACAAAGAUUAGUAGUGUCCAGUGUCACUCGCCCCAUCACUCGCCCCCUGUCGCCACAUACACAGAGCCACACAGUUCGCGGCAUAGAUGUAUUUGUUUGUUAUAGAUUAAAGUUUGGCAUCUGAUAGUUACUAGAUAUGAAUAGUAUUGUUAUACUGAGUUUAUGGAUACUGCUGCACAUUAGCAACACAUCUUGUCAAGAUGAAACAAUAUCCGUGCUGAGGGGCGAAAAGGUGGAGCUGGCGUGCCCGAUCGACAUCGCGACCUGCGGCGAGCUGCAUUCCCUCAAAUGGUUCAAGGGCACCGAGCGGAUAGCGGUCGUGUCCGGUGAUGGCGAGGUGGCCAAGGUGGAGGGCAGCCACCACGACCGGCUGUCGCUGGCCCACCUCGCCCAGACCAGCCGCCUGAUCUUCCGCAGUGUCGAGAUCGCGGACGAAGAUACAUAUCUGUGCGAGACGACGUUCCUCGAGCCGUCGGAGCUGUGCGAGAACUCGGGCGCAUAUAGUGUAGCGUUAAAUGUUUACGCGGUGCCAUCGGUCAUUACGCUGCAGGAUGGCAAUAGAAAUAGUAUUAAAAACGGGUCGCACAUCGGACCGAUGCGCGAAGGCCAGGACCUGCAGGUCGUCUGCGAGGUGUACGGUGCCCGCCCGGAACCGGUGAUAAGUUGGCAUCGGUCGGGGCGCGUAGUCCGCGAUACGCUGGUGGUUGAGGAGCACAACGGAUUGUACACGGUGAAGUCGACCCUAUCGUUGACCCUUUCACGGCAGGAGCUGGGUGCCACCUACAACUGUCGCGUGGAGAUGAAGGAACUCCACCUGACGGUGGACAAUCAGUUCCACAUCGAUUUGCAAGUGCGACCCACGAAGAUCAACUUAUCCGGCGUGGAACAUCACACGGUUCAGGGGACGAAGGUUUUGCUUCAGUGUCAGGUCAGCGGAGCAAGACCAGCAGCCAACAUGACCUGGUACAACUCAUCCAAGCUCAUCACCGAGGAGUCCAGUGAGAUGACUUCAAUUAAUACUAAAACAUAUCUGCAGAACGAUGGAACCUUCGAGACGAUCAGCCAGAUGAUCUUCACGGCGACCCGGUUCGAGAACGGUGCCUCGAUGCGCUGCGAGGCGGACAACAUAGUGAUGCGGGAGGACCUGGACCGGCCGCUGCACGACACGCUCACGCUCGAGGUGAUGUAUCCGCCGGUGGUGUCAGUCAAACCGGACAACAUCACCGUGAACGAGACGCAGGACUUUCUGAUCUUCUGCGACUACGAGGCGAACCCGGCAUCGCUCGAGAGCGUCAAGUGGUACCGGAACCAGCAGGAGAUCAAGGUGAGCGGGGCCCGGUACGAGGGCGGCAACCCGGAGCAGACGGCGCUGCUGGUGAAGAACUCGACGCGCCACGACAUCGGCGCCUACACGUGCGAGCUGUCCAACUCGAUCGGCUUCGACGUGUCCGAUAACGAAGUGUUCGUUGAUGUGAUCUAUAAACCGACGGUGAUGCUGACGAUGGACCCGGACACGCCGGUGAUCGAGAACGACCAGGCGAACAUCACGCUGCUGUGUAACAUCGUGGACGGGAAUCCGAUGCUGUUGACGCGGGUCCGCUGGUUCCUUGACGGUGAGUUUCUCAAGGAGUUGCCCGAGUGCGAGGAGGCUACGCUCGGGACGGAUGAGAAUCUGUGUGAGGUGGAUCCGAGCAAGAUGUUGCUGCAGAACGUGGGCCGUGAGUUCAUCGGGAACUACUCCUGCGAGGGCUUCAAUCUGGCCGGCUGGGGUGAUGUGAGCGAGGAUAGCUCACUGGACGUGUACUACGAGCCGGGUAAUGCGUCGAUGGUCCACUUCCCGACGGUGGCCGUCAAGCGGCGCAGUGUGACGUUUAACUGUUCGAUCGAGGAUCGGGGUAAUCCGGCUGCCAGUCGGUAUCGGUGGCUGCGGGGAGGAAAACCGGUGAUGGAUGUGGUGACUCCUUCGUGGACGGUCGAUCCGGUUGGGCUCGAUUCGAGGACGACGUUCUCGUGCUAUGCGUACAACGAGGGUGGCGAAGGAUUGGCCGCGGAAGAGAGCCUGGAGGUGCACGCACCGCCCGCUUUCAUCCAGAAGUUGCAGCCUUACACCGGGGCCCUGUUUUCCACCACCAAUGUGUCGCUUUCGUGCCGGGUGGAGUGUAUCCCGUCGUGUACGAUCGCCUGGUUCAAGGAUGGGAUCGGGAUCGAGGCGAACGAUGAGCGGUAUUACAUCACCAGCAUGUACCUGCCGGCGGAACCGGCCACCGGGGACUUCGAGAGUGCUUACUCCGUGCUGCAUUUCAACAUGUCCGCCUGGCCGAACGGCAUCCUGGACCGGAUCAAGGACAGCUCGAACUAUUCAUGCGUCUCGACGAACAACUCGGCCGGCCCCGGUGUCCGCAGUACCACCUACUUCGGUGUAGAGUAUCCCCCCGAGAACACGACCCUCUCGAGUGCGACCAUCUCCGUGGAGGAAGGACGAGUUCCGCCGAAGAUCGUGUGCUCUUCGCGCGCCUACCCCGAACCGGCAUUCUACUGGACGCGGAACGGGAGGACGAUCGCCAAGGGUAGUGCGCUGAUCGUGGAGGACGUGCUGGGGAGGAACGACGCGGGUCAUUACACGUGCACGGCGUUCAAUAAGCACGGUAAUCACUCGACCGAUGCCUACAUCGACAUACACUAUAAACCCACGUGUCAGAUCGUGCGAAAGGAGAUCGAGGAAGGGGAGGUACUGAUAUGUGUGGCGACCGGUAGUCCGCGGGAGUCCGAGUUCGAGUGGAGCGUCAAGUACGCGAACGAGACGGUGCAGAGUCAGCACGUUAAGAGCGAUGCGUACGAGAGUGUCCUGACGCUGGACGACGACGUGUCCUCGAUGCGGACCUACGUGUGUGUGGCAAGCAAUAAUGUUGGCGUUGGGACGCCGUGUGAGAUCGAGGUUGCUGGCUACGUGGCCUGGUGGCUCAAGGGGGACGUGCUCACCCCGUACAUCCUGAUCGGGGCCGUGGCGGCCCUCCUGCUGGCCGUCAUCCUCGUGUGCAUCAUCAUCAUCUGCAUCUGCCGAAGAAAGCGCCGGCAGGAGAAGUUUACUGGAGAAUCAUCGACUGCUGGCGGAUCCCAGAUAGAACCAGGCGAAUAUGAAAACCUUCCGUUCCAUGGACUGCAAACUCCUCCGAAGAAGGACGGGAUCGUGUAUCCCGAGGACGUGAUAUACGCGGACCUGGAGGAGAACAACUACGGCCCGAUCAACUAUAAGGCCGCCUCGAUCUACAACAUGAUGAAGUUUAAGCGCAACAACGAAUAGAGAGAACGAAUAGAGAGGUGCUGGAGCUGAAGCUUUAGAAUCGCGUAUACUAAACACUACUUUUACACUACACUGCUGUGGCGUCUAUUGUUUUGUUACACUCACUUUUGUUUUUGUUUUCCUGGGAACGGACGGAAUAAAAAGAAUGGCAUCCGGCACCACCACGUGGUACGGGCUGUCUGU